AUGAGAGUUUCAAAGAAGAAAGUUUCAUGCAGAAGGCUUGGAGGGAACCUCAAAGAGCAAAAAGGAAGACUAUACAUAAUUAGAAGAUGUGUAGUCAUGCUUCUCUAUUGGCAUGACUACAAUCAUUCUCAUCAACAAGAAUUGUUUACAUUCUUGUUUGCAGCUCAUCAUAUCAUGGAUGACCACACUCUAGAGUCCUCAAAGUCAUAG